AUGUCUGCCACAUCCUCCGUGAGUGCUGCCUCUACUUCCUCUCUCACCUCUCAAAUGCGAGCCAUAUGUAUCCUUGAAAAGGACACUAAUUUGGAUACUUUGAAUGUUUGGUCCUUUCCAAUCCUAUCCGAUGAUCAAAAAACAAUAAUUAUGAACCGAUCUCCGUUGAAUUCAAACAGCACGGUAUUAUCAAAACAAUACUCUGAUUUAUCAUUGAAUAAUAGUCUUUUUGUUUGCUCUAAAUUUGAUGAUUGUUAUGUUUAUUCAAUGAGUAGAAAAGUGAAACUGGUGAAUAGUAGUGUGACCGAUGUCAAUUUGGUGGUUGUUUCUGGUGAAUACUGGAUGAAGAAAUAUGAGAAAUAUUUAGAAGUGAUGAUGAAUGUAUUGAUUGAAAACCAACUCUCUCCAUUACCAAUGUUGGAAGUGUAUCUGAGAUUGUUCAGUAAGGGGACUUACAAGGAUCAAAUCACUGCUGAUUUAUUUUCUGAUCCGAGAGCAGCUAAAGUUGGUAAUCUAUCCAUGCUGAUAAAGUCGUUUGGGGAAGAGAGUGUUCGUAUUUGGUCAGCUCUUAUGCUGAAAAAACGAAUUGUGAUUUAUCAUGAGAAUAUCUCUGAACUUUUGGAAAUAAUGUCAGCAAUUCCAUCUCUUGUCUUGCAUCGACAACAAACAGAUUUCAUUAGACCAUUCGUUAAUUUUGAUAGCCCAAUCGAGACUAAAGAUUUAACGGAAUCCAAUUUCUAUUGUGCAGGAACAUUGGAUAGAAAUAUGAGAAACAAUACCAAGUUUUAUGACUUAUUUGUGGAUGCAACUACUAAAAGAACAAAUGUCAACGAGUCUCAAACAGAUGAAUUUAAAUUUACUAAAAUUCACAAGGAUUUGCUUAAAGUGGUUACAAGUGAGGAAAUUGCUACAAUGGAAAAUACUCAUGUUAUUAAGCAAGUGAGCCAAAAGACAAAGGAAUUGAUACAGAAAUUAGAAACUGUCAAGGAGCAAAACGACCAUCAAUUAUCUUUGGAUAUUAUUAAGGGUUUGCAAUUACAGCCUGAUUUAGAGAAAUUCUUGUAUGGAGUUGCAGUGUCAGAAUGCAUGAUUACCUCUCUCUAA